AUGGCAGAUAGUGGUAGCGGACUUUCUAAAGAUCUGUCUCCAAUGCCAAAGUGGCAUAAAGCAGAAGUAGAUGCUCCUCGUGUACGUGAAACUGCUCAAAGAGUUAUACCCUUUCGUGCUGUUGUUCAGUCACCGUUAGGUUCUUCUGUAGCUCAGAAUUCUUGUGCUUCACCACCUUCUGGUGGUUCGCGCCUUCCUUCCGAUAAUAAUGUUGGUACUGUUGGGCAAACUGAUGAUACUGAAAAAAGUUUGCAAAGAAGUCAGCAGGAAACUGAGAAGGAAGAAGGAGGGAAUGAUAUUUUUUCUGUUAGGGAUGAGAAAAAGCAUGGUGGAUUUGAGCUACCUGGACGUCUUUUUGGACGACGAGAUCGUUGUUCAGGUAAUACUUCACUAUUCCUGCAAGAACCCACGUCGAUGCGUACUUCUGUAGGUGUUGCUGGUGUUACAAAUCAUUAUCGUGAUGGGAUGCAUAUGACAAACGAUGUUUUAAGUGGUGGAGCUCUUGAUGGUCGUAUUAAUGCAGUUUCCACUGAAGGAAGUGGUGGCAAGUUUGUAGAGGAAAAUGAAUUUAUUUCUGACGUUCUUUUUAUGUGGAUGGGUGUGGAUAAAACAAAGUAUUUUGUGUACGAUGGAGCAGCACAUCGUUAUAUUGUGAAUCCACAGUGGGGUACAGUACGACAGCGACAAGCUGCAGCUGCAUUGCAGGAGUGUGGUUGUUUGGCACGUCAAAUUGAUGAUGUGCUAAAGGGUGGUACAGCAGAGCGCUCAUUUCUACAGCAAAGUUUACGAAGUGCGGUACGUUUACAGCUCUCUCAAUAUCAUUGUUUAGUGGCAUCAUUCCGUGAACGACGAUCUCCUUCCAUGACUUUCAGUGAUUUGGUUGUUGCAUUCAAACGUGUGCAACCUAAACUACGAGUACUUCACACUAUACUCCGUGAAACGGAGUCAGCGAAGGGAGGUGAACUUGCUUCUAAACUCCAGAGACUUGUUCAACAAGGAUCAACACGUCUUUAUGCUCUUUUAUCUGAUGUGUACAUGGAAGCUGUGAGUCCCCUUCUUCAGAUGACUGUGUCAAGUAUUACAAAAGGAGAAGUUUCUGAUCCUUUUAGUGAAUUUUUUGUAAAGACUAAUUCAAGGAUUGAUGAUACAUCUGAUGCAUUCUGGUCAUCUAAGUUUUCACUUUUACCUGAAAUGCUACCAACUACAGUCCAACGACCUUUAGCUGAACAAAUCAUGCUAGUAACGAAAAAUAUAAGCUUCAUUAGAAAUUGUUGUAGAUGUAAACAAUGGCAUAUGGAUCCUUCCAUUGUAGCAGCAGCACAAAGUGCGUCUUUUGAUACAAUUGGCGUUGUUGUUCGAGAUGCCGUGCGGUUUACUAAUACUGCAGUAUUGAGGUUAAUUCGUGAAGAGUUUCAUCUUGAUAACGUACUACGCAUGGUGAACGCAUUUCUUCUUGUAGGUAACGGUGAUUUUUAUGAACUUCUUAUUAGCAGAUUAGAUCCUGUGCUAAGCAAAUUGAGCCAUAUGGUACAGACUUCUGUCGUUCGGGAUCAUAUGCAGAGUGCACUUCUUGAAAUUGUACCUUAUACAAAACAUCUUGAUACAGAUCUCUUUUCUAUGCUUCACUGUGAAUUGGUGAAAGACGAUAAAAUUAUAGGUUGGGAUGCCUUUGUUGUCACGAUGCCAGUACCCUCACCUCUUAACAAUAUUUUUGAUGUAACUGCCAUGAAAGUAUACCGUCGUCUUUUUCGUAUAAUGUUUAAGGUAAAAAGGGCUGAAGUCGCUCUAAAGAAAUCAUGGAGACAAAGUGUUGUGUUGGAUCGCAUUAUUGGACGACUUCAUAACACAAACCGAGAAGCAACCGCAUGGAGAGAAGUUGCUGCUGAUGCCCACCUUCUCGGAUUACAGUUGAAUCAUUUUGUAAACAAUCUUUGGUCUUAUCUCGUAUCUGAGGUUUCUACAGUAUCAUGGGAUUUGUUGAUGCGUGCACUUCGACAAUGUACCUCUUUAGACGAUGUUCGCGCAGCCCAUAUAGCGUAUUUACAGUAUUUGACUCUUCACUCACUUCUUCAUGGUGACUGUGCUUCUAUGCGGCAAAAUAUUGAAAGUGUACUUAGUAUUGUUCGUCAGUUUGUUGGAGCUCAAGCACUUCUUACUUCACUUUUAGAACGUGGAAACGGAGAUGUAUUCUCCAUUAAGAGAGAAUAUCAACGACUGGCAGAUGAUUUUCAUCGAGAAAUAUCUUCACUUCUAACCACACUUGAGGAGCAACAUCUUCAAUUCGAUUUCUUGAACUUUCUCCUCCUUAGGCUUAAUUUUAAUCAUUUCUAUCAUGAUAAUGCAUUUAGUACCAACACAGAAUUUUAG